CUCUGGCACUUCGCUUACUCUAUGCGUACAAGUCAAUAGUUUACUAUAACCUAACCUAGUUAACCUCAAAUUGAUGAUAUCGAAAUAGUUAUAACAAUAUAUUAUAACAUACAAUGAGUUCAUUACGCACAUGUGCUCGAGCAGCAAUUCGCAUUCAAAGAUUAACAUCGGUCAUCUACUCAGGUGAACGAGGUAUAAAAAGAUGGGUUGCACCAACACUACGUGAAAUCAACAAGCGAAAGGCCAAAUUAGGACCACAGCCUGAGCCGCGGCGAAGUAAUUUUCUUGAUUGGAAUUAUAACGCAGAAAUAUUUGCAUUUAACAAAAGGUUGUCUGAAAAUUUUGAUGCCGAACUAUUGGAACAAGCCUUUACUCACAGGUCUUAUGUUGCACAAGAGGAACAAAAGCAGAGAGAGGUUGGCAUUGAAAAUCCAGAAUUGAACAUCAAGAAUAAUACAGAUCUCAUAGAAGAAGGAAAAUGCUUAACAUCGGAAAUAGUUCAGUGUUAUUUGAGACAAGCUCUGCCAAGACUUCCGGAAGAAGGCAUUUUAAAACUAAAGGAUUAUCUAUUAAGUGAAGAGAUUUUGGCUAAGGUUUCCAUACAGAUUGGAACCAAAGAUCUUAUACUGAGCGAGGACCACCCUGUGCAGCCGGAAACCCUAGUGAAUACGUUCUUUGCAUUAGUAGCGGCCUUAGCUCGCAGCAGUGAUGCAGUUCACACAAGCUUUUUUGUGCGUGACUUUUUGAUAGCUACGCUUUCUGAUAAAGAAAUAUUGUCGAUCUGGACUCCUAGCCAUCCUUUUCAAACACUAGAUGCUAUUCUGAAUAGAGAAAAAAGAGGUCCUGCAGAUUUUCGUCUCACUGCGCAAACUGGAGUAAACACAGUUCUAGCUGCUUACCAAGUUGCAGUUUAUUCUGAUCAGCAAUUUCUCGGUAUAGGUGCCGGCGAAACUGUACAAGUGGCAAAAAAUAUUGCGGCACUUGACGCUCUGCAGCGAAUGUUCGGAAUAUCUGAUUUCAGCCGACCAAUUCCGUUCAAUUUAACAGUGGAUGUAUCAUCUCAGAGAACUGAGAAUCUACCACUCACAAAAUGGUGUACCGAAAAUUUGAAGAAUAUAGUCGCAGGUUGAAUUGUAGUUUACCAAAUCUUAUUGUAAGCAAAACUCAUAUAACUGUGUAAAUCUUGUUUUAGACAAUUAAAUAUUCACUAAGCCAGCUCAUAUGAACAUGCCGGACGAACACGUAUUGUUCAAGAGAUGACAUUUUUCACGGUAUACAAACGGCGUGCGAAUUGUAAUUCGUUGUAGAUAAUAAAAGUAUGUUUCAAA